GGGAGGAAAGCGUGUGUUCACGCCUUGUGGUGUGACAGUGUCAGUAACAGACCGCGCUCAGACAGCCGCUCUGAAAGGACAGAGCUGUUCCAGUUGCACUGCGUCCAAACAACUCGGAUUGAAAUUUAGAAGAGAAGCUGUUAAGGUGCGGUGCAGGAGUGCAUUCAUUAAGGAGCUGAUUUUUUUUUUUAUAUAUAUAAUUUUUUUGGGGGGGAGGAUGCUUUCUGAGGUCAAACGUGGAUAUAUGUUGAUGGGGCUGCUGCUGCUGCUGCUGCUGCUGUGACUCCCAGUUUUCUCCUCACAUGGAAUAAUUAUCAUUUCAAAAUUUACUCGAGGAAUAAUCUAAUCAAUUCGCUCUCCAUGGUGCUUGAAGGCAGAGCGAUGGACCGGAUCGGGACCACCAUGCAGAAGAAGGCAGCCGAACUGGAGCGGCUGGCUGAGGUGCUUGUCACCGGAGAGCAGCUAAGGCUGCGGCUCCAUGAGGGGAAGGUGAUCAAGGACCGGAGGCACCACCUUCGAACCUACCCGAACUGCUUCGUCGCCAAGGAGCUCAUCGAUUGGCUAAUCGAACAUAAGGAAGCCUCAGACCGGGACACGGCCAUUAAGAUCAUGCAGAAACUAUUGGACCAGAGCAUUGUUCACCACGUGUGUGACGAGCACCGGGAGUUCAAAGACAUGAAGCUCUUGUACCGCUUCAGAAAGGACGACGGCACAUUCCCACUGGACAGCGAAGCCAAGGUCUUCAUGAGGGGACAGAGGCUAUAUGAAAAGCUGAUGAACACUGAGAACAACCUGAUACAAACCAGAGAAGAAGAAGGGAUGGCAUUUGAGCGCGCCCUGGUUGCUUCGGAGUUCAUCGACUGGCUGCUGCAGGAGGCGGAGAUGCCCACCAGAGAGGAGGGUGAGCAGCUGGGACGGAGGCUGCUUGAACAUGGCAUCAUUCAGCAUGUCACCAACAAGCAUCACUUUGUGGACGGGCCGCUCCUCUACCAGUUCCGGAUGAACUUCCGGCGACGGCGGCGGCUGAUCGAGCUCCUCCACGAACGCGGCCGCGGCAUCCCCGAGAGCCACGACAGCCCCUUCUGCCUCCGCAAGCAGCAGUCGGACGGAGGCAACACCAGCUUCCUCUCAGUGAGUCCCACUAAGGAGAUUAAGGUGGUGGUUGGAGUUCGACGAAGCAGCAUGAGCAGCAGCUGUGGCAGCAGCGGCUAUUACAGCAGCAGCCCAACGCUCAGCAGCAGCCCACCGGUCCUCUGCAACCCCAAAUCCGUUGUGAAAAGACAAGUGACUCCAGAGGAGCUUCUGACACCAGGAGGGCCUUUUAUAAAGAAGACUUUCACUAUUGUGGGUGAUGCUGUGGGCUGGGGCUUCGUGGUGCGAGGAAGCAAACCCUGUCACAUCCAGGCGGUGGAUCCUGGUGGACCGGCUGCUGCAGUUGGCAUGAAGGUGUGUCAGUUUGUGGUGUCUGUGAACGGCCUGAACGUCCUCUGCCACGACUACCGGACCGUCAGCAACCUGAUCCUGACCGGCCCCAGGACCAUCGUCAUGGAGGUGAUGGAGGAGGCGGCAGUCUGACGAGGCCUACCAGGAAAAAAGAUACCAACAUGUCGAACUGAAGUGAGGAAAUAAAACAAGGACUUUGAACUUCUUCACCAGACAAACAUGGACGACCUGCAGCAAAGCUCUCAUUCCAUCUGGUUUGAUCUAAGCGGACACCGAGAUGUCUGAUUUGGGUAAACGGCUCAUCUUGCUGGCCGUUCCUCUUUUUUUAUUUUGCCUUCAGAAGUGAAAUAGCAAGAAUCCCAUCAACCACAAGUGUGGGCGGAAAAGAAAAAAAAAAUUACCUAACUGUAUUCCUGGUUUUGUGCUCAAACUGAAUCUGUUUGCUGAUUCUGAGAGUUUUAAAUGAAUGUUACAGGACUCGGCGCAGCGCCUUUCAUCAGAAUGUGGAGAUAAGCAAUCAUAAGGGAAGCAGGGUAGACACUAAAUGGGUUUGUACUUUCAAGAAUAUAUUCCAUGACCUUUGCCCCAGACUCCUCCUGCUGUUCAACACUGCCCUCUACUGAACAGAACGGAGAGAUGCACAUUUUACAUGCUGUUGGUUUUAGUUUUAUCCUGUUUUAUUUUUUAUUUUUUUUAAAGAAAGACAUCUUUUUUUAAUGUUUUUUUUUUUUUU